GCAAAAUGGCAGCGAGUGUACCGGGAAAGGUGGUGCAUGUUGUGUUGUUGUUGUGGGGAGUUACAGCCUUCCGGAGCGUUGCGGUCUCUUCCUUUGCCAUAGAUCUCGAUGAAACGUUUAAAGAUAAUAGAGAAGAUGAAAUUUGGUUAGUAGAUUUUUAUGCACCUUGGUGUGGCCACUGCAAGAAAUUGGAACCAAUAUGGGAUGAGGUAGCUGCUGAAAUGUUUACAUCAGGUUCUCCUAUAAAAGUGGGGAAGAUGGAUGCAACAAUUUAUGCAGGUAUUGCCUCACAGUUUGGAGUCCGAGGUUAUCCAACUAUCAAAUUAUUAAAAGGAGACCUUGCUUACAAUUAUAGAGGACCUCGUACCAAAGAGGAUAUAAUUGAGUUUGCUGGCAGAGUAUCAGGGCCAUUGGUCAGAUCACUUUCCUCUCAGCAGCUAUUCGAUCAUUGGCAGAAGAGACAUCCAGUCUUCUUUGUCUAUGUUGGCGGUGAAUCUCCACUGAAGGAAAAAUUCUUUGAAGUGGCAUCAGAACUGAUUGUGUAUACCUACUUCUUUUCUGCUUCAGAGGAUGCUUUACCAGAGGAUGUCUCUGUCCAAGAACUUCCUGCUGUGUUGGUGUUCAAAGAUGGAGCCUACUACACAUAUGAUGAAUAUGAAGAUGGUGAUCUGUCCUCAUGGGUGACCAAAGAGAGAUUUUUAGGAUACAUUCAAAUUGAUGGUUUCACUUUAUAUGAACUAGCAGAGACUGGAAAACUGGUGGUAGUUGCAGUUAUUGACAGCAAGAACUCAUCAGAAGUGCACACUCGCUUAAAGGCUAUUACUCAUGAAGUUGCUACUGGAUACAGGGAACAGUUUCACAGGAAUUUCCAGUUUGGGCAUAUAGAUGGAGCUGACUAUAUCAACAGUGUCAUAAUGGACGAGGUCAUCGUUCCUUCCAUUGUUGUAUUGAAUACUUCAAACCAACAGUACUUUAUACCAGAAACCGCAAUUGAGAGCAUCGAGGAUUUGAUUAAAUUUAUUAAUGACAUAAUGGAAGGGUCAGCACAAGCCCAAGGUGGAGACAGUUUCUAUUAUCGUGUUAGAAGAUUGUUAUAUGAUGGAAAAUCCACCAUAUUAUCUGUUUUUAAGACUUCUCCUCUACUGGGUUGCUUUCUUUUUGGUCUCCCUUUGGGUGUUAUCAGCAUCAUGUGUUACGGAAUCUGGACAGCCGAUGGGGAAUAUGAACCAGAAGAAGGAGAACUGCUUCAGAAUGAAGCCAUCGAACAGGGAGAUGCAGAAGCUAGUGAUGAUGAAAGGGAGGAAAACAAUGAUGAUCAUCAUAAAGAUGGAGAUAAAGAAAGUUCUAAAGAGCACAAAGAUGAAGACAUGGAAGAGAAAAGCAUGGUAGAAAAGAAAAGGGAUUAAUGCGUGCUUAAAUGCUGAGUUUCCUUUAGGAUUUCUAAAUGGUUGAGUAUAUAUUACAUUUUAACAUCAGUGAACACUGUUGGAAAGAUGAUGCAAGUUUUUUUUUGUCUUCCACAGUUUGAUUGAUGUUCCAUUCAAAGACAUCUGAACUAAACGAGUUUGAAUAAUCAUGUAAAUUAAAUUUUGUUCCUUCGCUGCGGAGAGUCACAAUGGAACUUUUUAACUGCCUGAAUAGCUUAAAGGUGGUGAUGGAAUUUUAUCUGGGCAUAAUAUCCAAGGAUGAAGAUGAGUAAAAAUACGAUUGUGCAGAAAGGUGAGAUGAUAUCUUACACAAGAUCUUGUGUAGAAAAAAAUUGUGGCAAGUGUAAGAGUUCCAUUGUUUUUUUAAAAUAAAAAUGAUGGUUUUAGAGGUUGUGGGAAAAGAGUUCACAUUAUGAGCAGCUUUUGUUUUUUGUGCAUUAUUCCACCAUUUCAACACUCCAUUCUUCCUAUCUGUCAAUAAAAUGAAAACUGCUAGUGAAAGUCAUUAUGCCUGGUCAUUCUGGGUGUUUGGCUGUUUUUGUAAAUAGGAAAUGCAUCACUGUGUUAGAAGGUGCAGACUACUUAGUAAUCUUUCGGGUAUAAUUGAUACUUUUCCAUGGUUGCUAUUUGCUUUUAAUUAUAACUGGAAUUAGAGACUUCGGAGGAUUUGGAAAAAUUCAUACCAGGUUUUCUUGAAUGUAAAAUGAAUGGUUCCCUCAAGUUCAUCUUUUACAUUAUUCAUUUUACUACCAAAGGAAUUAAUCCGGUAUCCAUAUUCUCACUAUGUGAACAAAGAAUGAAAACCAAGAUGUGAUUAUUUUGUAAUUUUGUUUUUGACAAUUAUAAAUUUUAAAUCAAAUUUUAUUAUUAUAGCUUUGCAAUAAAUCUAGGAAAAUAUUGACACCUAAAGAAAUAUAACCCAAAGGCUGCUGCUGCAGCGGCUGAAGCUUCAAUUUAUUAUAGGAAGUGAACCGCUACUGAAGAACUCACUAAUAAUAGAUCAGGGGAAAAUGCUAAUAUUUUAGUUUAAACUCAAAUAGCUGUUUCACUCUUCUUAAAACUAUAACCAGGUUUUUUUGUUUUUAUCUAGCCAUGUUACUUGUAUUCAAAUUUAACGCAUAUAGAAUAACUCCCCAUGAACGCUGUAUCUUAAUACUGGUAGUUAAUUAUAAGAUGUACAGUUAUUGUAAACAACUCUACAGGCUCCCCAAAAGAUAGGCACUUACCUUAUAUCGGCAGAGAUGUCAACACCACCUCCUUAAAGUCAGAUGUCCAAGGUACAGCAUCGCUUAGGGUCUAAACUCUACCUUGUACAAGCGACAUCUAAAAGUCACUCCAUACAUAUUUUUAAGACACCUCUAAGCAAAGUAUCAUAGUACAAACUAAAUUCGUUUCUAUGAGGCUGAAGCUCCAAUGCAAAACAGAAGUAGAUUUUUCAGCAGCAUCUGUAUGGUGGAGAUAGAACCAACUAAGUCAAUGCAGCUACAGAAUUAAAGCAUUUCCUUAAGAUAAUGUUAAAUAUGUUGCUUUAAGAUCUAAAUGACACUGUUAAAGCUCUUUGCACCUAGUGUUUAAAUCAGCAACAGUUUAUCUAAACCAGUUAUUACCACAAACCACUGAUUUCAACAGUAGCAUAUCCAAUUAAUGCACAACUUGUGAUCUUAUCUGUUUACUGCCAUAUAGGGAUACUGCAAAUUAAGCAAGUUAUACAAAUAUGGACCUUUGGGCUUCUUUGGUCUAUUAGAUAAAUGUGCUACAUGACAUCAUAUUGGGACCAGAAAAUGGCACCCUUUGUUUCUUGCACCGUGUUUAGUUAGCCAUCUCAACUUCAGUAUGUAGUAGAAAAACCACUGUCCUUCUGUAUUGAUAAGCUAGAGGUAGAAAUCAACAAUGUUUCUCACUCUUUGUUACUACUGCUGAGGUGAGAAUACGAUUGAGCUAUACUGCAAUACCCUCUUAUUUCAAUAGCUGCCUGGUUUGCACAUAAGAAAUGGAAAUUUGGGUGAGAGAGUGGAGAAUUUCUGGGAGAAUGGAAUGGUAUUUUUAGCAUGAAGGCUGAGAAAGAGAAAAUGGUAUCUCUAGGAUAAAUCCUAUCUUUCUCAAAAAGUCAUAACAUUUAAGUAUACGCACCCUGUAAUGCAGAAACCAGUUUGUUUUGCUAGCUGCUGAACUGCACUUAUAAUAAAUACAUAGCUUAUAGAAACUUCCAAAAGAAAGAUUUGUUUAUAAUGACGAAAUAAAGGCAGAAUGUGAUUAAUGUAAGUACUUGGUCCUUGAUAUAUAAUAUAUGAAGGGCAUAUUGACCAAUGUGAAAGCUUAGUUUUGUUUCAGUGUAUCAAAAAACAAUAUAACAACAUCUUAAGAAUGGCACAAGUUUUAAUUUAUGUAUUUUAUAUAACAUAACUAUUGGUGUUAAAAUUACUGAAUAGAGCAGUGAAAAGAUAAAACAACUCUUUGAAGAAUAAUGUGCCUCUAAGUGGGAUAGGUUUCAUUAUAAAUUCCAUUAUAACAUAGAAGUAUAUUUCAUUGUUACUCUCGCAUUUGUAUAAAGGGGAAUACUGAAUAUAGGCCAAAAAAAAAACUGAAUGACAAUCAUGCCUCUGUCCAUUUCAAGCCUUUUUCAGUAAAUGGAUCUUCAUUUCUUUAAUUUUAUCUUGACAAAGAUUGCCUAUUAUGCAUUUCUGCAAUAUAGAUGGCCUAUAAAUUACCUUAAAUUCAAAAUGGAAGAUUCCAGUUAUCUAUGACUGAUUUGGAACAAAUCAACCGAAUUUGGAAUUAAAAGGUACUGCCUAUCCUCCUUAUAUCAAGUAAAUGAUCUGAUCACUGGCAAUGAUCCUGGAAAAUAGAAAACCUCACAUCAAAUUUUAGAAUAACUUCCUAUCAACUUCAAUCUAGAGUUAGUCCUGAUGGAAAUCCUAAAUCUAGAAUAAGUUUGAGUAAAAUGGUAAUAAGUAACUUUAAUUCCACUUUUUAUAGUACAGAGGUUACUAUUGCAAGUUUGUUGUCAAAACCACUUACUGAUGUACUAACUCAUUUCAUUAUGCUGGAGUAUACAUUUAGCUUUGU